AUGUCCCUUCAAGAUUCUCAUCCAUCAGCUGGUGGUGUUUUACAUCAAAUCAGAUUAGAAGUUGAUCGUGCUUUACAAGCUUCACGAGAUAAUUUGAUCAAUAGUCUUAAGGAUCGAGGCUUAAAGUUUCCUUCAGCUGUUCGAACCAUUGGCGUUCUGCGUAGGAUGUCAAAUCUAUUCUCCCAAUCAAUUGAUUCUCCUUCGAUCAAAUCACUUACCAAACCUGAAUUACGGAUCACUUUUUUGGCAAGUCGAUGGUCUUGUUUAGCCAAUGCACUUCAACAAGUUCAACUCUCAACUGGUUUCUCACCUUCUUCAGCAUUAUCUUGUACUUCUAAUCCACUUCAUCUUGAUCAAUUCUCAGAUGCUUCACUUCAAUACAAUGAAGAUUGUUUAAAGUUUUUACGUAAAUGGCUCGAGAUUUGGCGUGAUUUGGUGGGUGAUACGAUUUCGAUAUAUUAUGAAAUCUUUUUGAAAUCAACAAACUCGGACACCUCAACUCUCAAAAUCAAUCCUGAUCAGCAUCUCUCGAAUUCUACUGGAGGAUCUUCGCCUGCUUUUUUCAAAGAUUCAGUUUCACCAUUAAACUUUUUUGCUACUCAGGCCACACAUCUCUUAAUUUCUACUCUGACUCAUCAUGUUAAACUACUUGUGACAAUCUCUACUCUAUCCUCUUUAUUAACUCAACUUUCAUACUGUGCAGCUGCAUUUGCAAAACGGGGUAUGGAUUUCACUAGUGCGAUAAGACCUACUUUUAUUAACACAUUAGAAGAGAUCAUUAAACUAAGAAUGGAAUCAGGUCUUGAACAAUUUCAAUUGGAUUUAAAGCCAAUCCUAAUUCAAACCCCAACUUCGUCUUCCUUCAAGCAAGCCGCAUUUCAACCUCGUCGAAAAUUGUUACAUCCACCCUCUACACAACCUCUUGAACAUCGUUUAAUUGCUCCAGAUACCCUACGACAAGUAUUAACAAUAGAUUCGACUACAAACCCACCAUCAACUUCACCGAGCCGACUACCAUCACAUCUUCUCACACUCUUUCCACCCUUGGCAAGAUUUCUGAACAGUCAACUCAUUGCUCUUAACGAAUUAAGACUCUUACCAAUCAUAGAAUCGUAUUCCAAACUCUCAUCUUAUCAACUUCAAGUCCUUACAACCAUCAAUGAAGAAUUAAGAAAGCUUACCUUAAGUCUUCCACCACCUAGUCCUCUUCAUUCAAGAUUUACAAGUAACUCUGAACACCUUAAAAGUAUAAUGAAAGAAGAUCAUCGAGGAUCAGCUUCAUCUGAUCAACUUCGAGAAAUCGUAGAUCGAUUGAUUUAUGGACAAAACAUGUUUUACCAAUGCUAG